AUGAGCAUCUGCAACCCGUACCCCGCCUGCACACCAGGCUCUUCCAACUUCCCCGCGAUCUCAGGAACUUCUCUCCUCGCAAUAGAAGCCGCACCCGUAACAAAUUAUUCCUCAUCGGGCUGGUACCAAAACAACGGACCGAUCACACUCUCAGGCCUCGAGUUCUGCAAUGUAAGCUUUACUUACUCACACACAAACGCAAAUGAUCAUGUCAGUGUCCAAGUAUGGCUUCCACCCUCCAAUUCCUGGAAUGAGCGCAUGGUCGGGGGAGGCGGAGGUGGUGUAGGCGCAGGACUUUUCGACCAAGCGUACGUUGUUAUGGCGGGAGCUGUGAAUGAAGGAUAUGUUUCUAUUGGAACUUCUGCGGGAGUUGCGAGGGAUAUCUAUCAGUGGGCACUCGAUGAAUAUGGAGACGUGAAUCUGGAUCUUCUGGAGAAUUUGGGAAGUCGUUCGUUAGGCGAAUUGGCAGUCAUUGGGAAAAGUGUUGUGGGCCAGUUUUAUGGAAGGGAACCGAAGUAUAGUUAUUGGAAUGGGUGUUCGCAGGGUGGAAGACAGGGGUAUGAACUUGCUCAGAGGUUUCCGGGUGCUUUUGAUGGUAUUGCUGCUUCUGCACCGGCUAUAAAUGUAAGUGGACUUUCCUCGAGUUGUUUUUUAGUAAGUUCUCGCAUGUAUGAUUUGAUGUUAUCAAAACAGGGAUGCGCUUUUAACAUAGCUGUUCUUACGAAAAGAAAUCUAAUAUCUCCCCAGUGGAACAAGGACUUAGUAGCUGGUCUCUGGGCACCCGUUUUCAUGAACAUGAAUGGGUACCCAUACAAUUGCGAGGUAUUGGCAAUCACCUCUGCGGCAAUAUCAGCAUGCGAUCCUCUCGACGGCGUGACCGAUGGGGUAAUUACAGAAACUUCACUCUGCACCUUUGACCCUAGAUCGCAAAUUGGAAAGGAAGUAGAUUGCCUCGCUGACUCUGGACUUCCAAAAGUAAAAAUAACAUCAUCGGCAGCGGCUCUCAUACAAGCAAUCUGGGAUGGAGCAAAACACCCAGAUAACUCGAGCAUGUUCCCGGGAUAUACCAAAGAAACUAUGACAGGCGGCUCAUUCGGUACGACUGGAACGACUUGUACUAAUGGAACCUGUGUUCCCUCAGGAUAUCCUUUGUCGCGCGAUUGGAUUAGGCUGUUUCUUCUGCGAGAUCCGGCUGCGAAUUUGUGGAAUGCCACUUGGGAACAAUGGGACAAGUGGUUCUAUGAGAGCGUGCGAAAAUAUGGCAAGUUCAUGGAAACCGAUUCGACGGACCUUCGCGCUUUUGGCAAAUGUGGUGGGAAGUUACUUACUUUCCAUGGAGGGGUUGGUUUAUCCCUCUUUCUUAACAAUCAUGAGAGUUAACUUUUUCGCAGGCAGAUCAACUCAUCACCCCCAAAAAUUCAGAAGUUUAUUACGACGAGGUAACAUCUGUGGAUCCAGGGAUCCAUGGUUACUAUCGUCUGUUUCUAGCACCUGGUGUUCAGCAUUGUAAUGGCGGUCCCGGUGCGUUUCCAUAUGGUACCUUUAAGGCUUUGGUGAAAUGGGUGGAAGAGGGUAUUGCUCCAGAGACUUUGGCUGCCAGAAGUAUUCCGAAAGGGAACGAAACUGUGUUUGAGAGGACACUUUGUGCGUAUCCGAAGAAGCAGUUUUAUAAUGGUGGUGAUGUGAAUUCUGCGGAUAGUUUUGGGUGUAGAUGA